GCUGAUUUACCGUACCGCCCCGCAGCCCGGGUUUUCAGGAUACCCGUUAACAACCCCGCUUUAACUAGCAGGGGGCAGGCUCUGAUUAACGGCCCCCUUCCGUGUCUCACCUGAUCUUCCAAUAGUUUCCAGCUCUCACAUGUGUGCGUGGUUUUGAAGCAGCAUUAAAGCUGCUCAGGGCAAGAGGAUUUAAACUCCCCCAGAAAGAGCCGAGAGCUCGUUGCUUGUUCGACCGGACGACUAAGGGGCUUUAAUGAAGACAGACCACGCUCUAGAAAUGGUGCAAUUUCAGGUUUCAGAGAAGGCAGUUUGAGAGAGCCGCUGGAGCCUUCACCUCCUCCUUCCUCCCUUAGUCUGCUAAGGAGAACCGAGGUAGCGGGAAAGGACAUUGUAGGCGCUCGAGGGGAGAAGCCAAACAUUAGCCUGACCCGAGUCCUUGGAAAGCAACUGACAACAGGAAGGAAGCUUAUUAACCCCUCUGCUCCCCCUCCCUUUUCCCGGGGUGAGAAUCGGCUCCUCCUCCCGGGCGUGCGACCCCGGGGUAAAAUGCAAGCGGCCGCCUGCUCUCCUCACCCUGCGCGCGGCGCCCGGCAGAGGAAGAAGCAGGCGGCGAAGGCGCCGCCCCAAGCUUCGUGGAGCGAGUUCGUCUCUUCGGCGUGAACCUCCCGAGCGAGACGGCCCGGACCCCGCGACCGUCGCGCCGACUGGGCACCGCAGGCGCCCCACUUCCCGGCCUCUCUUCGGAGCUGGAACUCUGCACCCCAGUCCCUCGCCUAAUCCCCCUCAACGCUACGGCGCCACCAGCCCCGGUGCCUCGCGCAGGUGGCGCAAACGCCCCCGCCCUCGGGCGCCCCCUGCCGGGGAGAGGAAAGGCGGUGGCGGCGGGCGCGGAGGAGCCGGGCGCAGGGCGGGGAGAGAGCUCCGGCGCCGGGAAGAAGCCGGGAGCUUCCCUGAUGGUGCCGCCGCCUCCGAGCCGGGGAGGAGCGGCGAGGGGGCAGCUGGGCAAGAGCCUGGGUCCGCUUCUGCUGCUCCUGGCGCUGGGACACACGUGGAGCUACCGAGAGGAGCCCGAGGACGGCGACAGAGAAAUCUGCUCGGAAAACAAAAUCGCCACGACCACCUACCCGUGUCUGAAGUCUUCGGGCGAGCUCACGACGUGCUUCAGGAGGAAGUGCUGCAAAGGGUAUAAAUUUGUCCUUGGACAAUGCAUCCCAGAAGAUUAUGAUGUAUGUGCUGAAGCUCCCUGUGAACAGCAGUGCACAGAUAACUUCGGCCGAGUGCUGUGUACUUGUUACCCAGGAUACCGAUAUGACCGGGAGAGGCACCGGAGGCGUGAGAAGCCGUACUGUCUGGAUAUCGACGAGUGUGCCACCAGCAACGAGACGCUGUGUGCACACGUCUGCGUCAACACCUUGGGCAGCUACCGCUGUGAGUGCCGGGACGGCUACAUCCAGGAGGACGAUGGGAGGACGUGCACCAAGGGAGACAAAUACCCCAACGACACUGGGCACGAUGAGAAGGCGGAGAACGCAGUGAGAGCCGGCACCUGCUGCGCCACGUGCAAGGAGUUUCACCAGAUGAAGCAGACGGUGCUGCAGCUGAAGCAGAAGAUCGCCCUGCUCCCCAACAGCGCUGCGGACCUGGGCAAGUACGUCACCGGUGACAAGGUGCUGGCCUCAAAUGCCUACAUUCCAGGACCUCCUGGCCUGCCUGGGGGCCAGGGCCCCCCCGGCUCACCAGGACCAAAGGGGAGCCCGGGCUUCCCGGGUGUUCCAGGCCCCCCUGGGCAGCCCGGCCCGCGGGGCUCCAUGGGACCCAUGGGACCGUCUCCUGAUCUGUCCCACAUUAAGCAAGGCCGGAGGGGCCCUGUGGGUCCACCAGGCGCCCCAGGAAGAGACGGCUCUAAGGGGGAAAGAGGAGCAGCUGGCCCCAAAGGGGCUCCAGGACCCCCUGGUUCUUUUGACUUCCUGCUGCUUAUGCUGGCGGAUAUCCGCAACGACAUCGCCGAGCUGCAGGACAGGGUGUUCGGGCACCGCACGCACUCCUCAGCGGAGGGGUUCCCGCUACCUCGGGAAUUUUCCAGCUCUCCAGAGACCAUGGACUUCGGCUCUGGAGAUGACAAGCCCAGAAGGACUGAGACAAGAGACUUGGAAACCCACAGAGACUUCUAUCCUUAGCACACGCCCGCAUCGUCACGCCAAAGGAAGAGAAGUGUUCGCCUGCAGUGAAAUCAUCCAAAGACCAGAACAAAACACCACCGGACACCUAGAGAAGAUACGUCCUUUUUUUCUUUUUUUUAAACUCUUUUCCUUUCUCCUCCGUACUUCUCUUCUAUCCAAACACUAUUUUCAGGCUAGACAUGCUAAAGACAAGAGGGAGGAAAUGAUUGACUUACGUGUUUCCCCUGGAGAAUCUGCAGUGGAACUUUUCUUGGACUUCCUUAUCUUCCAGGGACUUCUGAUUUCUGAAUCAGGUAGUCUCACAGUGUCUUAAAAUUUGGCAGACUAUCAAAAAAGGGGAAAUGCCAAGGUGAGUUCUAAGAAAAUGUGAGUUUGCUUAUUAAAAAUAAUAGAUAUGUGUCCAAAAUAGACUAUUAUUCCUCAGUGUCAAAAUUAAAUCAAAUUAAAUGAAUUCAUCAAAUUAAAUUAAUUAAGUCAAAUUAAAUCAAAAUUUUCAGUGAAAAGGGGGAGAUGACAAUGUAUAUUUAUCUUGGUGGAUAAUUGUUUUUCCUUGUCAAUCUAACAGCGUUAAAAUAUUCUGUCCUCUUAUCCAACCUUGUUUCCUAAUUGUGAUUAAGGAAAGGAGAGAAGGAGUGGAGAUUAGAAAAGAUGGAGAAAAACUACAGUCCCAUAUUGACUGUCCUAUAAGCUGCCACACACUAACACUCAAGAUGUGACAGUUCAGGGGUCAUACCACGCUUAUCUAUGUCUGUCCUAUUUGAAGAAGAAAAUUACUGUAGCUGUAGGAACAAGUUCCAUUUUCAAGACAAAAAGUAAGUGAAUGCAGUGCCCUGGUUCACAUUAGAACAGCAGGCUCCCGGUUUGCCAGGACAUUUUAAAGCUAUCCGAUCGAAUGAGUGAGCUUGCUUAGUAAACCGUAGAUUAUUU